GCACUCAGCCUACCGGUGCGCACUCCGAGCUAAACCGUUCACUUUUUAUUGUGCAAAAGCAGACACUGCUAAGUUAUUUGCAGUCUCCGAUAGCACAGAAGACUUCCUUCCGAAGCUGAACGCAGACGGUCAUUUCUUUUGAAAGUUGGAUUACAGUUAAACUGGGAGGAAAUCUAGUUCGCCAGAUCCUGCUCAGAAGAUGAGCAGCAGUGAAGUACAGACCGGGGAGAUCAGCGGAAUCCUGUCCUGCCAACGGCAGUGUGGCGAGCAUAGAUAAGCCCCCUUAUGAGGUGAAACCCUUUUCCCGUCCUACAGUAUCCCCUCCCAGCACCAACAGCAGGAACCAGGAAUGUCACGGCUGUUCCUCCUUUUGGCAAUGCUCAUCUUCUCCUGCAGAAUCCAGAUGGCUCCUGCUUCUACCCUGGAUAAACUGAAGGAGAACUGGAAAUUGUACAUGGAGGAGUGUGCUCGUAACAAUAGCAGAUAUCCACCGAGCACGGGCCUUGUGUGCAACAGGACCUUUGACUAUUAUGCCUGUUGGCCUGAUGGACAACCCAACACCACUGUCAGCGUGUCAUGUCCGUGGUAUCUGCCAUGGCGCCAUCAAGUUCAACACGGCAUGGUGUACCAGGAGUGUGAUGCAAACGGCCAGUGGGUGACUAUGAAGAAUACUAGCGAGUGUGAUUUUAAUGAUCCAAGUGUGCAAUACCAUAUUCAUAUUCAUGGCCAUAUUCGGAUCAUGUACACAGUGGGCUAUUCCUUAUCGUUGGUGGCUUUGGUGUUGGCACUGGGCAUCCUGGUACUCUUCAGGAAACUGCACUGCAUGAGGAACAACAUCCACAUGAAUCUGUUUGCUUCCUUCAUCCUGCGAGCGCUGUCUAUCCUCAUCAAAGAUGCUCUGCUGGAUGCCAACAUGACAUCACAGGACCUUAGCAGAGGCCAGGAGUGGGGAUUCUCUCAGGAAUCUUUGCGUCCCAUGGAGCUGCUGGUCAACAAUGAGAUAACGGUUAGCUGUCGCAUCGCCACGGUGAUGAUGCAGUACAGUAUCAUGGCCAACAGCUACUGGCUGCUGGUGGAAGGCAUCUACCUCCACAACCUCCUGGUCAUCACUGUGUUUACAGAGAGGAACUACUUCAAAAUCUACUUGUGCAUUGGCUGGGGUACCCCAUUAAUAUUCCUUGUUCCUUGGGUGAUGGCUAGAUACCUUUAUGAAAAUCAAGAGUGCUGGGAGCAAAAUCCAAACAUGAAUUAUUGGUGGAUUAUCCGUUCCCCAAUUCUGCUGGCAGUUGUGAUCAACUUCCUCGUUUUUAUACAUAUCAUCAAAAUUCUUGUGUCAAAACUACGAGCGCACCAAAUGAGAUACACAGAUUACAAGUUCAGGUUGGCCAAGUCGACGCUAACCCUGAUCCCGCUGCUCGGUAUCCAUCAGAUGGUCUUUAUUUUUGUGACAGAUGAAUCCACCAACACCACCAGCGGUCUGCGUCUCACCAAACUCUCCGUUGACCUCUUCUUUUCCUCCUUCCAGGGUCUCUUGGUGGCCAUCUUGUACUGCUUUGUCAACAAAGAAGUGCAGUCUGAGAUUCUGAAGAAGUGGAAGCGUUGGAAGCUAGGAAGAAACAUUGAGGAGGAAUACCGCCACACUUACAGCAAUACCCCCAACACGAAGACAGGCAGCCUGAUGAACCACGUCUCUCGACUGCCUCACCUCCCAGACAUCACCAAAACCUCUGCUCCACUCUGUAGCCCUGAGGAGAGGCACAUGCUUGUGGCUAUCUGCCAUAAUGGCACAGUCCACAGUAAGGGGGAAGGGCAGUGUGUCUCCCUGCUGCACGAGGGAGCCGUCAGCAACUGCACCCUGUUGGAGGACAUCAGCCUUACAGACAGAGUGCAGUGCUACGAAGCUCAGAGAGGGAAUGUAGAAAGCCACCUGUGAAAAGCACUGGGAACAAGAACUGAAUGAAGAAAUUUGAUUCUGACAUACUGUUCCAGGUGGCUGCAAAGAGUUGUGGUCAUCUGUCAUAACAGUCUUCACUCACAGAUGAGUGUUUCUAGGAGACUGAGCAUUCAGCCCACAAUGGAGAACAAUGCAACAGAUAUCCACACUGAGAUGCCCAAUGUGCUGUGAGCCUCAUGAAAAGAUUUCUGUAAGCGUUAGUCAGACAGUGUAAGAUGUUGAACAAUGAGACAACACCAUCUCGAGGCAGAUAAGCCGUGUAAAAUAACAAAAAACCUAAAACCUCAAAUAACAAAAACAGAAACAAAACAACAACAACAACAAAAGUCACAGGGUCCUUGCUUGACUUUCUGCUUUAAUUUGUGUUGUGUAUCAAAUGUGUGCUUUGUGGUACUGGAGGUUAAAACAAACUGGACAUCGAACUGUACACACACACACGCAGACUAAACAAGUGACACAACACAAGAUGGUAGGAAACAGAGGAUUUUUCUUCUUUGCUUUGCUCUGAUAUGUCCAGUCUAUACUGACUUUGAUGGAAAUGUACAGAAAAGGAGAAACUUUCUGUUCACUGUACCUCAUAUAGUAAGGUGAACACAGUGUUACUCAAGUGGCCCCAUACGGGCCCAUGGGAAGUUGGCAGCUGCUCUCACCAGGUCGUUCCUGGCUCACAUAUAGACCUUAAAAGAGGUCAAGAGAUUGUAUAGAGAUUGUAUAUUAUAAAUAAGCUAAUAUGAUCAUCACUUUGCUUGUUUAGGUGUUUCACAAUAAAAAAAAAAAAUUGUUAGAUGGGUCUAAACCUUGAACACUGCUGAAUGCUAAUAUUGUAACUGUAAAUGUGCCAGGUGUGUUUUUAAAGGGAAUAGUUGCAAUUUUGUGCCAUUAAAUGUAUUUUCUUCUCUCUAUGCCAUCAAGAUGUUGUCAGACUCCUGCCUUGUGGUAGUAUAUGAACUUCUGCAUAGUAGCCCACUCAAUUCUUGAGAUGAAAGCCGCUAGGUGCAACUGUGGAGUCAAAUUAAGGAUAAAAAUACACAUGCAUAAAGCAUCAACUAAACACUGUGACUCAAAGUAACACCACCUCCAACACAACGGUGUUUUCACAAUGUCAAAUACAGGCUCUCAUGUAUGAAGACUGGAGUUAAGUCAUAGGUUUAGUGACUCAUCCCACUGAGGAGUGAUUCAUACACUGGGGACUACAGUGCCAUCACAUUAUUAUCUCCACUGUGCAAAUGGAAAAAUGUCAGAUGGGCGGUGCUCAUAUCUGCAUGCGCCCAGGAUCUCUUUUAGAGCAUGACAGCGAUGUGUUUGUCAUUCAGAUAAGAGCUCUGUGCAUUUAUAGUACUUCAGGCAGGCCCUGGUUUGAGUGGGUUAAAACAAUUGCAGGCUGAGGCUAUUUUUCAUCAGCAUCUGCUCAGGAUUUUAAUAUACAUAUAGAAUUGAUGCACAGACUGGUGCUGCUGUUGCUCAGAGGUAAAUCUGCAGUGACAUUAUCUUUUUGUCGAC